AUGAGCAAAACAACUUUUUCUUUCAAAGUAACAAGCGAGAAAGUACAGAAGACAAGCCUGGAACAAGACCUUUUGAACGUGAAAAAGCCUGAGAUAUACAAACCACCCCGUGUUCAUUACGCAGUAGGGCAGAAAUUGGAUAUUUCGGAUCGAGUUGUUGUGAGUCAUACGGAUCCCUCAUCGACACUUGUCAAAGGUCUUUGUGAGAAGGUAGAAGAACAGAAUGAGACAUAUUUUACUAUUAUCACGAGGGAUUUAGAGGAAAGACAGAGUUAUAAUGAUGAUGACAUAAACUGUGAAAUUCGCACUUCAACAGGGGAUAGCUUGGGAAAGGAUCUUAAGAUUGAAGACGCGGAAGAUGGUAGUUAUACAAUUAAAUACACACCAGAUCAUAUUGGAUUAUAUGACGUAAAAAUUGAAAUAAAUGGACAGCCGCUGGAUGGAAGUCCGUGGACUGUUCAGGUCAUUCCUCAUCAGUAUCAGUUGAAGUUCAGCUUUGGUUCAUGUGGCAACAGAGCAGGGAAUUUUAAUUAUCCUUGCGGUGUUGCUGUGAGUGAGAAAACAGGAACUAUAGCCAUUUCUGAUUAUUCGAAUAAUAGAAUUCAGCUGUUUAGCUCCAACUGGAACUACCUUAAUGAAAUACGACUGGGGUCUUCAUGCUCGUCUGUAAGCUUUACUGAGUCCGAUCAAAUUAUUUCCGCUACCCCUCAUGAUGUUAAUAAGAUUUGUCUCUUUGCUAAAGACGGCAAGUUUGUCCAGCACAUCAACAGUAAGCACUUGCAGUGUCCUUCUCACAUAUCCAUCGGAAAAGAUGAUUCCAUUACCAGUAGUGAUCCGAUAAACCAUGUCUUCGAGGUCAUCUCCCCCGACGGGACAAAAUUACUUAAACGCUUCCGUGCCUCAGAACAUCAUGAUUCAAUAAAGUGCGUAAUCUACCACGAGCAGAAAUUCUUUGUCUCUGAUUGUAAGGCUCACCGUGUUGGUGUUUAUGACGAGGACGGAAUAUUGCUGUAUGAUAUUGGCAGCAAGGGGUCUGGCGACGGACAUCUUGCUCACCCCAGUGGACUAGCAAUUGACACAUUCAACAAUUUACUCGUCUGUGAUGCUGGGAAAAGUUCAGUUCAGGUAUUCACACGAGACGGAAAGUUUGUGUCGAUGUUUGGACUGUCUUCAUUUGCACCGAAUUAUGUUGCCGUGUCUAAAAAUGGAGAUGUUUUUGUAACUGACCAUGUGAACCACUGUGUUCAUGUCUUUCACUAAGAAAAGGUUGUAACGGAGUUAAAAGUUUUUAUGGUUAGUCUUCCAGUUUUCAUUUAACGCGACAAGUGUUAUGUCACUUGUCAUUAUUAGCUGUCUCGUAUUUUUUCUUGUAUAUUAUUAAUACGUAAUCACAUGAUUUUUCCCGUGCAAUUUGGAGUAAAUAAACACUUAUUAAUUUUUUCAAAGACCACAAAUUGCACUCGCCUUACGGGCUCGUGCAAUUUCGUUAGUCUUUGAAAAAAUUUGCUCUUGCUUAUUUAUUCCAAAUUGCACUCGAAAUCAUGUAAUUACCUAUACUUAU